GAAGAUCAACGAGCAGUGCAGGUUCAGCUUCGCAGCAAGCUAGUCUAUUUUAACAAACGCGAGACAAUAACCGCCUGGAGAAUCACUGGUAAAAUGAAAGUGUUGAUUACACAUUUAAGUUUGUUUAUAGUGAUAGGCUUUCUGACAAUCAUCGGUUGCUCUAAGAAAGUUGAACGUUCAAAGGAGGACACUGAUGUACACAAAUAUGAGCCUACGUGGUCUAGUUUAGACUCGCGUCCGUUACCAAAGUGGUAUGAUGAUGCUAAAAUAGGAAUCUUCAUUCAUUGGGGAGUGUAUGCGGUUCCAAGUUACGGUAGUGAAUGGUUUUGGAUUAACUGGGAAGGUUACAAAUAUGACGAUUAUGUGGAAUAUAUGAACAAGAACUUUAAACCAGGUUUUACGUAUCAAGAUUUUGCUAGUGACUUUACUGCCGAACUGUUCAAUGCUACCGAAUGGGCUGAACUUUUUGCGCAAUCCGGUGCAAGAUACGUAGUUUUAACUAGCAAGCAUCAUGAGGGUUAUACUCUAUGGCCGUCAAAGUACACAUACAGCUGGAAUUCUGUAGAUGUUGGGCCCCAUCGAGAUAUUAUUGCAGAGCUGUCCACUGCUAUUCGAAACAGUACUACUUUGACUUUCGGCGUGUAUUAUUCACUUUUUGAAUGGUUUAACCGUCUUUAUCAUGACGACAAGUUACAUGCCUUUCUCAAACAUGAGUAUAUUGAAAACAAAGUUUGGCCGGAGUUAAAGGAGUUGAUAAAUGCUUACAAACCAGAGGUUCUGUGGAGUGAUGGCGACUGGGAAGCACCGGAUGGAUAUUGGAAAGCAAAAGAAUUUUUUACUUGGCUAUAUAACGAAUCUCCGGUCAAAAAUACCGUGGUGACCAACGACCGCUGGGGAAUGGGAACACUGUGCAUGCACGGAGACUUCUAUACGUGUUCAGACCGUUAUAAUCCAGGGGUUCUUCAAAAACAUAAGUGGGAGAACGCUUUAACAAUCGAUAAGAAAAGCUGGGGCCAUCGACAAAAUGCGAAGUUGGAAGAUUUUAUGAGCUCAUCUGAAUUGAUUGGUGAGAUAGCUAGUACGGUGAGUUGUGGAGGUAACAUUCUUAUCAAUGUAGGACCUACCAAGUACGGAACAAUUGAUCCCAUAUUCUCUGAACGUUUGACUGAUAUGGGCAGAUGGCUCAAAACCAAUGGGGAAGCGAUUUAUAAAUCAAAACCAUGGAUUUUUCAAAAUGAUACUAUAACUUCCAACAUUUGGUAUACAUCAAAGCGCUCUGCGACCUAUGAACAAGACGCAACAUUUUCUAACGUCUACGUUAUUAUCCUCAAUUAUCCUUACAAAACGAAUAACGUACUGCUGGGGGCACUUAGUAAUUGGUAUCAGAAUAUAAUCCAAAUAACCAUGCUUGGAUUUAAUACAAGUUUACACUGGAAACCAACGGAAAAAGCAAUCCAAGUGGAAUUUCCCCCAAAAAAUGAAAUUGAUCGUCUGAACUUAAACUUCGCCUGGACACUAAAAAUUGUCCUAUCUUCCAAGGAGAAAUAAAAUGUAACUAAAAGAUGAGUUGCAGCAUUCAAGGUUGAUUCCAGAUAAAUAUAAACACUCUGCGUCAAAGACUAACAGUGUAUUUUGAACUGUAUGGUUUUUUAUCAGUAUAAACAACCUCAAACAGUUUUGACAGGGUUAUAAUUUUAUGAUAUUACUGCAUAAUUGAGGAUCAUAAUUUGAAGAGUAAACGUGUACUUUCCCGAAAAUGGCUCUGGUGAAUAAAAUAUAAAAUUUGUUGGAAAAA